GGAGAGGGAGCGAGCGAGCGAGCGGGCGGGCAUUUCUGCGCAGCUCGGGCACCUCGGAGCCUGGCCGCGGGACACGGAUCGAGGACCGGUAGCGCCCGGAAGCCGCGCCGCCGCCGCCAGGUGCCUGACUGACGUCCUUCCCCCAGGGAGCUGGUGUGAACAGAGGCGAGGACUGGAGCUCUGAGAUGUGGUUCUGAUGUUAUCCCCGUUCUACAGAGGUGGGAACUGAGGCUCAGAGAGGCGUGCUGGUCACCAUGACAACAGAGACAGGCCCGGAUUCUGAGGUGAAGAAGGCUCAGGAAGAGGCCCCACAGCAGCCUGAGGCCGCCGCUGCUGCUGCUGUGACCACCCCAGUGACCCCUGCAGGCCACGGCCACCCAGAGGCCAACUCCAAUGAAAAGCAACCGCCCCAGCAGGAGACUCGGCCUGCUGAACAGAGCCUAGACAUGGACGAGAAGGACAACGGGGAGGCUGAUGGCCUGUCAGAGAGGACCACGCCCAGCAGGGCCCAGAAAUCGCCCCAGAAGAUUGCCAAGAAAUACAAGAGUGCUAUCUGCCGAGUCACUCUGCUCGAUGCCUCUGAGUAUGAGUGUGAGGUGGAGAAACACGGCCGGGGCCAGGUGCUGUUUGACCUCGUCUGUGAGCACCUCAACCUCCUGGAGAAGGACUACUUUGGCCUGACCUUCUGUGAUGCUGACAGCCAGAAGAACUGGCUGGACCCCUCCAAGGAAAUCAAGAAGCAGAUCCGGAGCAGCCCCUGGAAUUUUGCCUUCACAGUCAAGUUCUACCCCCCUGACCCUGCCCAGCUGACAGAAGAUAUCACAAGAUAUUACCUGUGCCUGCAGCUGCGGGCAGACAUCAUCACAGGCCGGCUGCCCUGCUCCUUCGUCACGCAUGCCCUGCUGGGCUCCUACGCCGUGCAGGCGGAGCUGGGCGACUAUGAUGCCGAGGAGCAUGUGGGCAACUAUGUCAGCGAGCUCCGCUUCGCCCCUAACCAGACCCGAGAGCUGGAGGAGAGGAUCAUGGAGCUGCACAAGACAUACAGGGGCAUGACCCCAGGAGAAGCAGAAAUCCACUUCCUGGAGAACGCCAAGAAGCUUUCCAUGUACGGAGUAGACCUGCACCAUGCCAAGGACUCUGAGGGCAUUGACAUUAUGUUAGGAGUCUGUGCCAAUGGCCUGCUCAUCUACCGGGACCGACUGAGGAUCAACCGCUUCGCUUGGCCCAAGAUUCUCAAGAUCUCCUACAAGAGGAGUAACUUCUACAUCAAGAUCCGGCCUGGGGAGUAUGAGCAGUUCGAGAGCACAAUUGGCUUUAAACUCCCAAACCACCGGUCAGCCAAGAGACUGUGGAAGGUCUGCAUUGAGCACCACACAUUCUUCCGGCUCGUGUCCCCCGAGCCCCCACCCAAGGGCUUCCUGGUGAUGGGCUCCAAGUUCCGGUAUAGUGGGAGGACCCAGGCACAGACCCGCCAGGCCAGCGCCCUCAUCGACCGGCCCGCUCCCUUCUUCGAGCGUUCCUCCAGCAAACGGUACACCAUGUCCCGCAGCCUUGAUGGAGCGGAGUUCUCCCGCCCAGCCUCGGUCAGUGAGAACCACGACGCAGGACCUGAUGGUGACAAACGGGAGGAAGACGGCGAGUCUGGGGGGCGGCAGUCAGAGGCCGAGGAGGGAGAGGUCAGGACCCCCACCAAGAUCAAGGAGAUGAAGCCGGAGCAGGAAACCACGCCGAGACACAAGCAGGAGUUCUUAGACAAGCCAGAGGAUGUCUUGCUGAAGCACCAGGCCAGCAUCAACGAGCUCAAGAGGACCCUGAAGGAACCCAACAGCAAACUGAUCCACCGGGAUCGAGACUGGGAACGGGAACGCAGGCUGCCCUCCUCGCCCGCCUCCCCCUCCCCCAAAGGCACCCCUGAGAAAGCCAGCGAGAGAGCAGGGCUGAGGGAGGGCUCGGAGGAGAAAGUCAAACCACCACGUCCCAGGGCCCCAGAGAGUGACACGGGCGAUGAGGACCAGGACCAGGAGAGGGACGCGGUGUUCCUGAAGGACAACCACCUGGCCAUCGAGCGUAAGUGCUCCAGCAUCACCGUCAGCUCCACGUCCAGCCUGGAGGCAGAGGUCGACUUCACCGUCAUGGGUGACUACCACGGCAGCGCCUUCGAAGACUUCUCCCGCAGUCUGCCCGAGCUCGACCGAGACAAAAGCGACUCAGACACGGAGGGCCUGGUGUUCUCCCGGGAUCUCAGCAAGAGGGGCCCCAGCCAGGACGACGAGUCCGGGGGCUUCGAGGACAGCCCGGAUCGAGGGGCCUGCUCCACCCCGGAUAUGCCCCAGUUUGAGCCCGUGAAAACGGAAACCAUGACCGUCAGCAGCCUGGCCAUCAGGAAGAAGAUCGAGCCAGAGGCUAUGCUGCAGACCAGAGUCACCACUGUGGACACCCAGGUGGAUGGGACUGCCCUAGGCGGGAAGGAAUUCAUAACCACUGCUCCCUCCAUCACCACUGAGACCAUAUCAACCACCAUGCUGGUGCACAGAUUCCUGAGAGGGUCCAGCAACAUCAGAUCCUUCAAUGAUGACACAGAACAAAUAGCACUCGGCACACAGGUUUUGGUGCCAGGCAGUGAUCUCCUUGGUCUUCGCAAAAACUGUGAGGAGGACGCUCUUUCUUUUCUUUGCCCUUUACAGAUGAGGAAACCAGAGUUCAGAGAGGAGAACAGUCUCAAGUCCGGGAAGGGGGCAGCUGCCAUGAUCCCAGGCCCACAGACGGUGGCCACGGAAAUCCGUUCUCUUUCUCCGAUCAUCGGGAAAGAUGUCCUCACCAGCACCUACGGCGCCACCGCGGAAACCCUCUCCACCUCCACCACCACCCAUGUUACUAAAACUGUGAAAGGAGGGUUUUCUGAGACGAGGAUCGAGAAGCGAAUCAUUAUUACUGGGGACGAAGAUGUUGAUCAAGACCAGGCCCUGGCUUUGGCCAUCAAGGAGGCCAAACUUCAGCAUCCUGACAUGCUGGUAACCAAAGCUGUCGUAUACAGAGAAACAGACCCAUCCCCGGAGGAGAGGGACAAGAAGCCACAGGAAUCCUGACCUCUAUGAAGAGAUGCUGGCGUUUCUGGUCCAACUCAAGCCAGAGAACCAUUAAGAAGGGGCCUUCAUUCUGGAUUCUCCGAGUCAACACCGACGUCCCAGCUGCGACGUACUGUCACUGAUGAGAGACUGGGAGAGGAAAAGCAUAUAUAUAUAUAUAUAUAGAUAUAUAUAGAUAUAGAUAUAUAUACAGGAAACACUGCAUCCUUGCACUGCUUCUGGGGCUGGCCGAGCAGUCGGCCAACAGCAACAACCAACAUCUGAACACCUACAUUUCCUUUGCAGACAAAUUGAAGAAUUGGUGGGAUUUUUCAGGAAAAAAAAAUUAUAAUGCCAAUAAUCCCUCGCUAUCCCCUUCGAAGGCCUGCGGAGCGACGCGAGCAAGCAGCCCAGGAUGACUGCCGGGAUGCAGCACCGACUGCGCAGCACAUCCGGUGGACGGACCUUCCGUUUGUCCUCCAGUGUCUGUUGCCCAUGCAAGUGCAAAGGAAAACCCUUUUGCAGCAAAGCGAGACAAGUUGAAGCAGCAAGACACACAACGAGAAAGAAAAGACAUUUCCCACUUGGAAAGGAGGAGGAGGAACACUGGAUUAUUAUUUUAUGGGUCUUGACACUGGGCUGCAAAAUCCACCUUCCUUUCUUCCGCCUCCCCUCCCCCUCACAAGUCUUGUCGUCAUUUUCUGUCUCGACUCCCUCCUCCCAACCCUGCACCCCUUGCCCUCUGUCCGGGUCCUGCUGAGGGCCACUGCAGAUGACUCAUUUGAAACAAGAAAAAGAAAAGAAAGCAGGGACGGAAAACCAUGCCGCAGGAAGGGAAGUAGACAUUGUAUGUUUAUGGUUCUCAUGACGAAGGUGCAGCUUGUAGGAGAUUUGUAUGGAUGUGCUUUUAAGUUAUGUAUAUUACAUAUAACGGGAAACAAAUAUUAAAAUAAACAGUGCUGGUAAGUAUGAAGCUGACAGUUUAAAAUUAUAAUUAUCUGACUGUGAUUGAUGUAUCCCAAGGUUCCUAGAUCUCACUGAACCGGCCCAGCCAAGGAGGCCUGGACUCUGGCUGUGGGCUGCUCACCGUAGGAGCUGACGGGUUCAGUGUAGUAAUUCAGUGUGUGAUAUUUGUCAUUGGUUGAUUGGUGGGGAGGGGAGGGGUCCCCGAAUGGAGAAGCGGGGGUUUGGCAAGAAGGAAGCAACACAGCUGUGGUCCAAGAUGCCUUCUCCCCUGGGCAGUAACAACCAGGGCCUGGUCCGUGCUCAGAUGUGGGGCCCAGAGUUAGGAUUUUGCUGCGGAUCCCCUGGUUCAGUCCCCCUACCUCCCUAAGGGGGUUUGUCUCUGUUCUCAGUCCUCUGGGUUUUUUUUGCCACAUGUCUUGCCUUUCCCUGACCAAAUCCUGGGAGCUAACUCCCCAUCCCAAGGGGGGUGAUGCCCUUGGCCUGCAGGGGAUGGUAGCUUUAUCCGGCUGCCUGAAAACUCCCAGCUCGGUCUCUUCCUCUACCACUGCUGUUCUCUGUCUGAGUCAUUCUCUUCUUCCUGGGCUGAAGCAGCCAUGGGAGCGACCCCAAACACAGGGUAGGCCUAGGUCAAAGCUGAGGAUGAAAGGUGGUGCUGCUCACAGUCUCCAUCCACGUGUUAGACCCUGGCUUUGGAGACCUCCCCUUCGGUCAGCAUCUGAGCUCUGAGCCUGUGCCCUCAGAGUCCCAGAAAUUGCCUCAAGACCACAGAAGCCCUUGGAGAAAACCCACCAAAAGCCUGGCAUUGACACGCAGGGGCUUUCCCAGGCUCUCCUGGCACAAGCUGGCCCCCUGAGCUCAAUGAGUCCCCUUCUGAGGGAGUGUGUCCCACUGCACUUUAAUGUAUCAGUCCCAUCUCACCUCCCCAGUCCUGUUUCUGAAGCAGUUGAUAAACUCACUCAACAAAUAUAUAUUGAGUACCUGCUUGUGCCAGGCACUAUUCUUGGAUUGAGAGAAUGUGGGGCACAUGGAGGCACCUGGGAAGCCCCCUGAGCCAGCCUUACAUUUCUAACCAGGGCUGUCUCUCUGAGAGCACUUCUGCAUUCUCUCCAAUUAUUGGACGUUGCCCACGGAUGCCCGCCAGAGAGCCCAGGCUUAUCGAUUACCCCAAGGAUAAGUACGCUUAGCUGCUUUGGUGCUGACCUGGGACAGAACAAGAAACCAGAAUAGUGUGCCUCUGUGGACACAAAUUGGAUGGAGGGAGAGCAGAGAGCCCUGAGCCUGGGCAUCCCAUGGCAGAAUCAGCCACACACACCCCAGAGCAGGCCGGGGGGCUGCUCCAGCUCCCCCUGAGUGCGACAGCACACUUGCCGUGCACCAAGCUUCUUUUUACGUCCCUGAUACAGAAGCCCUUUUCAACCUGAGAGCUCCCACUCGUUCUGGGCCAAAAGCUGGUGUAGCCCCACCCUCUCUGGCUCACCCAGAAUUUGACUCAGGCACCCCGUCUUUGCCGGAACCAGGCAUCCUGAACACACUUCAGAGGGAGAAUUAUUUUUUUUUCUGGGUUCUCUACCUGCCCACAGACCCUGGGUGUGUGGCUUCAGGGCAGGGAUGAGUGAUCAGGCUUAGCUCACGGGCCAGUGGCGUUUGUGGAGACCUCUACCCCACCAAUGCUCUGACCUUCCUUCCACGAGAGUCAGUCAGUGCCCCCAGGGAGGAGGGGAGCUGCAAGCUAAAUCUAGGGCACUGUUUCCUCCCCAUGCUCCUCUUCACAAAGAACAUCAACGUUUGUCUUGUCUGUCGUCAACCUACUUUUCCUUUUUUCUUUUUUCUAUUUCUCAUUCUUUCUGUGCUGCCUCUCCACCCCAGAGACCAUGUAGCAUAGUGGAGAAGUCCCAGAGGGCGGGCAGGAGUGCUCGUGGCCACCCUGGCUCGGUGCCUGGCUUACCACGUGCCAUCGAGCUCGUCUGGGCUCUCCUGGGGCCUCAGUUCCCGUCGCACUUGUAAAAGGACGUGGAUAAGCCAGAUGCUCUCCAGGGCCUUUUUCUGCUCUGCCAUACCACAGACUUUCAUUUUACUUUGCUUUCUCUGGAUCUUUUCCAUCUGAGAGGACAGGAAGUUCCAGGACCUGUUUCGGGUUUUGAAUCCUGCAAGCACAUUCCAAGACUGGCCUGAAAUUGCAUGAGCAACAUCACUCUAAUUUUUUUUUCCCCCCAAAAGCACCUUCCCAAACAAUUGCAAUGCUGUCCUGUUCCUUUUUACUCACACCCUUCUCUCUUCUCUGGUCCCCACGCUCCCCCACCUCAGUGCUCCGUGCUGUAUGCGUGUGCUCUCUGUUCUUGUAUACUCAAUAAAAGUGAAAUAAAUGUGUUUGAUGCUCAACCACAAA